UAUGUCUUUCUGAGUGCAAAAACGUCAACUAACCUUUACAAUAGGUGUGAAAUAUCCAGCAGAACAUCUGGUUACUCAAUCCUGUUCUCUAAACGUCUUCAAAGUAAAUGUUUUUUUUUUUUAAUUAACUUAAAGAAAAAGAUCAUUAUGUUUCUUUAAUUAGGUUUAGUUCAGUGAUGUUGUUCUCAUGUUGAGGGAGGGACACUGAUAUUUCCAGCACUGGUCAUUAAUAAACAGUGUUAACCACAGAAAGUCCUUCACUGUGAAGAUAAAGUGCUUGAGUUAAAACAGUCAGUCAUUUGGUUGCUGUUGAUCUGAUGAGCUUCAACACGAUAUAUUUUAUGCUGAUGUUGGUCAGAAUGGCUCCUGCUCUUCCUCUGAUCUUUCUGCUCAUGAUUCACGGGGUUUCUAGUGCUCAUUGGGGUGUGAGUUACAGUCCUUCACACAUCUGUGCACUAAAGGACUCAUCAGUGAUAAUGAGCUGCACUUAUACAUACCCUACUGGAUAUCAGAUCAAGAAAGUGUUCUGGACCAAAGACACUGUAAAAGAGGGUGUAGAGCCUCCAGAUCUGUCUGAGGACCCUGAAUACAGUCAGAGGCUUGAUCUGGGAGAUAAACAGCAGAACUGCACCAUCAGACUGAGUCAUGUGACACUGAAGGAUUCACAAAUGUACUAUUUCAGAUUCACCACUGAUAAACCUGAUGGUAAAUGGACUGGUAAACCAGGUGUGAAUCUUACUGUCACAGAUCUUCAGGUGGAGUCUCCUGAGAGAGUGACAGAGGGAGAUUCAGUCCGUCUGACAUGUAAAAGCAGCUGCACUCUGACUGACAGAGCAACAUUCAUCUGGUACAGAAACUCACAGCCAUUAACUGAGAGAAGAGACAGAAACAAUGAACUCCUGCUGCAGUCAGUCAGAAGAGAGGAUGCAGGCAGAUAUAGCUGUGCUGUACACGGACACAAUCACAUCUCUCCUGCUGUUGAGCUCAAUGUCAUGUAUCCUCCAAAGAACGUUUCAGUGUUGAUAACUGGAUCUGGUGAAAUAGUGUCAGGAGAUUCAGUGACUCUGAUCUGCAGCAGUGAUUCAAACCCUCCUGCUCUGAACUUCAGCUGGUUUAAAGGAGGAACGUUUGUAGGAUCUGGAAGAAUCUACAGCAUCUCAAAGAUCAGCUCUGAUGACAGUGGAGAAUACGAGUGCAGAUCCAUCAAUGAACAUGGAGUGAAAUACUCUGAUGCUGUGACUUUAAACGUCAUGUAUGGACCAAAGAACGUCUCAGUGUCCAUCAGUCCAUCUGGUGAAAUAGUGUCAGGAGAUUCAGUGACUCUGAUCUGCAGCAGUGAUUCAAACCCUCCUGCUCUGAACUUCAGCUGGUUUAAAGGAGGAACGUUUGUAGGAUCUGGAAGAAUCUUCAACAUCUCAAAGAUCAGCUCUGAUGACAGUGGAGAAUACAAGUGCAGAUCCAGAAAUAAACAUGGAGAGAAAUACUCUGAUGCUGUGACUUUAAAUGUCAUGUAUGAACCCAGGAAAAUCUUAGUGUCCAUCAGUCCAUCUGGUGAAAUAGUGUCAGGAGAUUCAGUGACUCUGAUCUGCAGCAGUGAUUCAAACCCUCCUGCGCUGAACUUCAGCUGGUUUAAAGGAGGAACAUUUGUUGGAUCUGGAAGAAUCUACAACAUCUCAAAGAUCAGCUCUGAUGACAGUGGAGAAUACAAGUGCAGAUCCAGAAAUAAACAUGGAGAGAAAUACUCUGAUGCUGUGACUUUAAAUGUCAUGUAUGGACCAAAGAACGUCUCAGUGUCCAUCAGUCCAUCUGGCGAAAUAGUGUCAGGAGAUUCAGUGACUCUGAUCUGCAGCAGUGAUUCAAACCCUCCUGCUCUGAACUUCAGCUGGUUUAAAGGAGGAACGUUUGUAGGAUCUGGAAGAAUCUACUGCAUCUCAAAGAUCAGCUCUGAUGACAGUGGAGAAUACAAUUGCAGAUCCAUCAAUGAACAUGGAGAGAAAUACUCUAAUGCUGUUACUUUAAACGUCAUGUACCCUCCCAGAAAUGUCUCAGUGUUAAUAAACGGAUCUGGUGAAAUAGUGUCAGGAGAUUCAGUGACUCUGAUCUGCAGCAGUGAUUCAAACCCUCCUGCUCUGAACUUCAGCUGGUUUAAAGGACGAAUGUUUGUAGGAUCUGGAAGAAUCUUCAACAUCUCAAAGAUCAGCUCUGAUGACAGUGGAGAAUACAAGUGCAGAUCCAGAAAUAAACAUGGAGAGAAAUACUCUGAUAAUGUGACUUUAAACGUCAUGUAUGGACCAAAGAACGUCUCAGUGUCCAUCAGUCCAUCUGGUGAAAUAGUGUCAGGAGAUUCAGUGACUCUGAACUGCAGCAGUGAUUCAAACCCUCCUGCUCUGAACUUCAGCUGGUAUAAAAGAGGAAAGUUUGUAGGAUCUGGAAGAAUCUACAGCAUCUCAAAGAUCAGCUCUGAUGACAGUGGAGAAUACAAGUGCAGAUCCAGAAAUAAACAUGGAGAGAAAUACUCUGAUGCUGUGACUUUAAACAUCAUGUACCCUCCCAGAAAUGUCUCUGUGUUGAUAAACGGAUCUGGUGAAAUAGUGUCAGGAGAUUCAGUGACUCUGAUCUGCAGCAGUGAUUCAAACCCUCCUGCUCUGAACUUCAGCUGGUUUAAAGGAGGAAUGUUUGUAGGAUCUGGAAGAAUCUACAGCAUCUCAAAGAUCAGCUCUGAUGACAGUGGAGAAUACAAGUGCAGAUCCAGAAAUAAACAUGGAGAGAAAUACUCUGAUGCUGUGACUUUAAACGUCAUGUGGGUUUCUAGUGCUGAUUGGGGUGUGAGUUACAGUCCUUCACACAUCUGUGCACUAAAGGACUCAUCAGUGAUAAUGAGCUGCAAUUAUACAUACCCUACUAGAUAUCAGAUCAUGAGAGUGUUCUGGAUCAAAGGCCCUAUACAAGAGGGUGUAGAGCUUAAAGAUCUGUCUGAGGACCCUGAAUACAGUCAGAGGCUUCAGUAUCUGGGAGAUAAACAGCAGAACUGCACCAUCAGACUGAGUCAUGUGACACUGAAUGAUUCACACGAGUACUAUUUCAGAUUCAUCACUGAUAAAGAUGUGAAAUGGACUGGCACUCCAGGAGUGACUCUUACUGUCACAGAUCUUCAGGUGGAGUCUCCUGAGAGAGUGACAGAGGGAGAUUCAGUCCGUCUGACAUGUAAAAGCAGCUGCACUCUGACUCACAGAGCAACAUUCAUCUGGUACAGAAACUCACAGCCAUUAACUGAGAGAAGAGACAGAAACAAUGAACUCCUGCUGCAGUCAGUCAGAAGAGAGGAUGCAGGCAGAUAUAGCUGUGCUGUACACGGACACAAUCACACCUCUCCUGCUGUUGAGCUCAAUGUCAUGUGGGUUUCUAGUGCUGAUUGGGGUGUGAGUUACAGUCCUUCACACAUCUGUGCACUAAAGGACUCAUCAGUGAUAAUGAGCUGCACUUAUACAUACCCUACUGGAUAUCAGAUCAAGAACGUGUUCUGGACCAAAGGUCCUAUACAACAGGGUGUAGAGCUUAAAGAUCUGUCUAAGGACCCUGAAUACAGUCAGAGGCUUCAGUAUCUGGGAGAUAAACAGCAGAACUGCACCAUCAGACUGAGUCAUGUGACACUGAAGGAUUCACACGAGUACUAUUUCAGAUUCAUCACUGAUAAACCUGAUGGUAGAUGGACUGGUGUUCCAGGAGUGACUCUUACUGUCACAGAUCUUCAGGUGGAGUCUCCUGAGAGAGUGACAGAGGGAGAUUCAGUCCGUCUGACAUGUAAAAGCAGCUGCACUCUGACUGACAGAGCAACAUUCAUCUGGUACAGAGACUCACAGCCAUUAACUGAGAGAAGAGACAGAAACAAUGAACUCCUGCUGCAGUCAGUCAGAAGAGAGGAUGCAGGCAGAUAUAGCUGUGCUGUACACGGACACAAUCACAUCUCUCCUGCUGUUGAGCUCAAUGUCAUGUAUCCUCCAAAGAGCGUCUCAGUGUCCAUCAGUCCAUCUGGUGAAAUAGUGUCAGGAGAUUCAGUGACUCUGAACUGCAGCAGUGAUUCAAACCCUCCUGCAGAAAUCAGCUGGUUUAAAGGAGGAACGUUUGUAGGAUCUGGAAGAAUCUACAGCAUCUCAAAGAUCAGCUCUGAUGACAGUGGAGAAUACAAGUGCAAGUCCAGAAACAAACAUGGAGAGAAAUACUCUGAUGCUGUGACUUUAAAUGUCAUGUAUGGACCAAAGAGCGUCUCAGUGACCAUCAGUCCAUCUGGUGAAAUAGUGUCAGGAGAUUCAGUGACUCUGAUUUGCAGCAGUGAUUCAAACCCUCCUGCUCUGAACUUCAGCUGGUUUAAAGGAGGAACGUUUGUAGGAUCUGGAAGAAUCUACAACAUCUCAAAGAUCAGCUCUGAUGACAGUGGAGAAUACAAGUGCAAGUCCAGAAACAAACAUGGAGAGAAAUACUCUGAUGCUGUGACUUUAAACGUCAUGUAUGGACCAAAGAACGUCUCAGUGUCCAUCAGUCCAUCUGGUGAAAUAGUGUCAGGAGAUUCAGUGACUCUGAUCUGCAGCAGUGAUUCAAACCCUCCUGCUCUGAACUUCAGCUGGUUUAAAGGAGGAACGUUUGUAGGAUCUGGAAGAAUCUACAACAUCUCAAAGAUCAGCUCUGAUGACAGUGGAGAAUACAAGUGCAGAUCCAGAAAUAAACAUGGAGAGAAAUACUCUGAUGCUGUGACUUUAAAUGUCAUGUACCCACCCAAGAACGUCUCAGUGUUGAUAACUGGAUCUGGUGAAGUAGUGUCAGGAGAUUCAGUGACUCUGAUCUGCAGCAGUGAUUCAAACCCUCCUGCUCUGAACUUCAGAUGGUUUAAGGAGAAUGAAAGCUCAGCUGUUGGAUCUGGACAGAGUUUCAGUGCACUACAGAGUGGACGCUUCUACUGUCAGGCUCACAAUCAACAUGGAUCUCAGAGAUCAGACGCUGUAACUGUCACAGUUCAUCAUGGUGCUGGUAGGAAUGUGAUUGUGAUCGCAGCGACAUCUGGAGGAUUAUUCAUCAUCAUCAUCAGCAUCAUCCUGUUUAUAAUAAAGAAACGAAGGAGUGAUAAAACUGAAGAUCUCACAGUGACACAGAAUGAUCUCUAUUCUGAUGCAUCACAGAGAGUUUCAGUCCAUGACAAGCCUCUUUCUAAACCGGAUUCAGCCAAUGAUGCUCUGUAUGCCAGUGUGAAACCAAAGAGAUUCAGAGGAAAAACUCCUGAAUCCAGAGAUACUGAGGAGAUCCAGUACGCAACUGUCCAAUAUCACAGAAAGAAAGAGACGGAGAGAGAAGAGGAGUCUGAAUGUCAGUAUGACGAUAUAAGAGUUCAUCAGCCUGAUGUUGCAGUGAGGCGAUCAGCUGUUCAAACUGUGGAAGAUGCAUCAGUGAUCUAUAGCAGCGUCAAAUGAGUGACCAGCGAACACAAACCUGUGUUCAACCGUUAAAUGAAAGAUUGUUUGAUAUUGUAUAUUUGUAAAAUAAUUUACCCAUCUUUUCAGACUACAACCAACAUGUUCAACAUCCACAUUAAGACUAAUUUGUUAUCUUUGACCAUUUGUGAGAGAAUGACAGUCAUUGUGUGAUGGGUUUUUGGUUUGUUUGUUUUUUUUGCCUCUUUUUAAGUUUGUCUGAGUUUAAUCUGUUAGUAGCAUAUAAUUUGUUGUUUUUCAGGAUUUUGGUCUUCAGUUUUUGGCUUAGAAAUCAAAAAUAUACUUCAGAGAGAGAAAUAAAAUCAUAAUCUGAUUCUGAACAAUGUUGUUCACAUCUUAUACAUCACACUCUCAUCUAAAGUUAAGUCAGUUAUACAAACUGUAACUUUUAAAAAAAUAUUGCAUUUAUUAAUAAUUAAAUAAAGUAUGUUUUGAAAUAAGUUAACAACAACAGUGAUAUCUGUACUGCUUAUCAACAUUCAAAUGCAUUAAGUAUUUUAUUAUUUAAUAUAUUUUAUAAAGAGAUUGCUCUGCAUGUUUUACUUUGUAUGUUUUUACAACUAUGGCCAAUGCUUUAAUAAAUUGCUGAUUAACCUUCAA